AUGUGCAAACGCUCGCUUUCAACCGACAAAAAGCAGCUUCACCUCUUUGUUGGCGAUAUCAACACCACCUCGCCCGCGAGACCACGCCUCUGUUUUGCAAUUGGGGGCCAGACGGCAGCACUGCACCAUUUCUCUGCUUCGAAUCACAGCUCCUCGCGUCCAGCUUCCUGCAUUCUCCCGCUAGACACCCUCAGGUCUACCCCGCGGUCUGCGGCUGAGUCGGCUAGGCGUACAACACCUGCAGCCACGAUGUUCUCCUCUUCGAAAAAGCCUUUUACGGCAGUGACUGUCCAAAUCGAUCGGCUUACGAGCGAACAGUAUGAUGUGGAUGAUUCGAGCGGCAUUGUAGACCUAAUCGAAGUUAUACGGUUGCAAAGUAGCGGACCACAGGAGGCCAGUAGGGCACUCCGAAAGAAACUAUUUUUAAAAACCUUCGCUGAUGAGCCGCUUCUUGAGCGACUAAGAGUUGCCGCCACGGAUUCAGUUUCGGACCCCGAUGUGAGAGAAAAAUGCAAGCAACUAUUUCCACAAUGGGCGGUAACUUAUAAAAGUACGCCUGGCAUGGAGCGUGUCGCACUUCUCUAUAAGCAGCUUCCCACGCGGAAGAGGCGACCCCGUCCUCAGCAGUCAAAAGUAUUAAAAGAGACAGAAGAGGCCGCAGAUCAGCCCAUGGGACAUACCGUGUCCAUAUCCUCAGGAGAAGGCCCUUCUACUGUAUUAUCCCCAACAGGCCGCAGAUCAUCCAUGCCCCCAUUCCCAACUGUAUCCGGGAAGUCGAAAGACAAAAAGCGGAAUCGAACGACGCCUUUUAAUCUAGAUAAGGAACGACCUGAAAUUCUGCAAACCAUCGCAUCUGCUUCUGUAGCUAGCACGAAUCUCACAAAUGCGCUAAAACUCGUCAAUCGUGAGGCCCAGCGAGUGAGCGAAAAUUCCGACGUCAUGGAGAAGUUCGAACGAUGCAAAUCACUGAGACGCCAAAUAUUACGAUAUAUCCAGGUUGUUGAAAGUGAUGAUUUCCUUGGAAGCCUUAUUCAUGCAAACGAAGAGCUUGUCAAUGCAUUGAUGGCCUUUGAAGUUCUGGACAAGAGUGUCGACUACGACAGUGACAGUGAAGAUGAUCUCUCGAUCGAUGACCUUCGACGGUUCCCCGACAAGACUGUCCCCGAUCGAUUCGCUGGUUUGGUACUGAAUCCUCCUACCAAACCGCCCCGGAAUGCCCCUUCCAAUGUUGAUAAGCGAUUGAGUUAUGAAACCGCAAGCGAAGAUUCGGCGGCCGAUGAUGAUGAUGACGAUGAUGAGAAUAAUCCAUUCGGCGAUAGAAAUGCGAUACCCACGCCGUCCAUCGAGAAAUCAGGGCUAACGUGGCGGGAAGUUUGA